AUGUCUUGGUCAUUUACAUCUAAAAUUAAAUUAAACGAUGGUCAUUUAAUGCCAGUAUUUGGCUUAGGCUUGUAUCAAGCAGCAUCAACAUUAAAAACGACGCAAAUCGUAGCCGAUGCGAUUCGUCUUGGUUAUCCACUAAUUGAUACAGCUGAAAUAUAUGGCAAUGAAGCUCAAGUAGGCGAAGCUAUGAAGAAUAAUAUUGAACGUGAAAAAAUAUUCAUUUCCACAAAACUUUUUCGUACUAAUGACGGUCGUGAAGGUCUUCAUAAAUCAUUUAAUCGUUCUCUUCAAAAACUUGAUACUAAUUAUGUUGAUUUGUAUCUUAUGCAUGCUCCUCAAGGUGGCCAUGUACUUGAAGUCUAUAGAGAAAUACUUCAGCUACAAAGCGAAGGAAAAAUACGUUCGGUUGGUGUAUCAAAUUUUGGUGUUCAGCAUUUGAAAUGGCUGAAACAAGCUGGCUUCGUACCGGCUGUUAAUCAAAUUGAAUUACAUCCAUGGUGGCCCAAUGAAGAUAUUGUUGAGUAUUGUCGAGAAAAUAAUAUUGCUAUUAUGGGCUAUUCACCAUUAGGUAAAGCACGUUUUCUUGAUGAUCCAUAUUUACAGAAAAUAGCUGUACAAUAUGGUAAAACGCCAGCACAAAUUCUUAUUCGUUGGUCACUACAAAAUGGUUUUAUCACAAUACCAAAAACAUCAUCGAGCAUCGAACGAUUAAAAGAGAAUAUGGCUGUUUUUGAUUUUACAAUAUCUGAUGAUGAUAUGAAAGAUAUAGCACGUUAUGGUAAAAAAAAGCCACAAAAUACAGGAUGGAAUCCAACAUUGAACACAAAAAAAGAUUUUGGACCAUUAUAA